AUGUCCUGCUAUAGUUUUCCGGGGAACCAGACGUUGCUGAGCUCCAAGGCCUCGAGGGCCACAGGCACCGUUUUCCUGCUGCUGGCGGCGCUUCUAGGGCUCCCCGGCAAUGGCUUCGUAGUGUGGAGCUUGGCGGGCUGGCGGCCUGCAGGAGGCCGACCCCUGGCUGCCACGCUCGUGCUGCACCUGGCUCUGGCGGACGGUGCGGUGCUGCUGCUCACGCCGUUCUUCGUGGCCUUCCUGACCGGGCAGGUGUGGCCCCUGGGCCAGGUAGGCUGCAAGGCCGUGUACUACGUGUGCUCGCUCAGCAUGUACGCCAGCGUCCUGCUCACCUCCCUGCUCAGCCUGCAGCGUUGCCUCGCUGUCACCCGCCCCUUCCUGGCGCCCCGGCUGCGCAGCCGGGCCCUGGCCCGCCGCCUGCUGCUCGCAGUCUGGCUGGUCGCCCUGCUGCUCUCCUUCCCCGCCGCGAUCUACCGGGACCUCUGGCCAGGCAAAGUGUGCCAACUGUGCUACCCGACGUCGAACCACGCCGCAGCCCACCUAGGCCUAGAGACCUUGACAGCCUUUGUGCUUCCCUUCGGGCUGGUGCUCAGCUGCUACGGCGUGACCCUGGCGCGGCUGCGGGGUGCCCGCUGGGGCACGGGGCGGCACCGGACGCGAGUGGGCCGGCUGGUGAGCGCCAUCGUGCUUGCCUUUGGCUUGCUCUGGGCCCCGUAUCACGUAGUCAACCUUCUGCAGGCUGUCGCUGUGCUGGCUCCAGGCAAUGAGAUCUUGGCGAGGGUUGGCGGGGCAGGCCAGGCUGCGCGGGCCGGGACUACAGCCUUAGCCUUCUUCAGCUCCAGCGUCAACCCUGUGCUCUACAUGUUCACUGCUGGGGACCUAUUGCCCCGGGCAGGUCCCCGUUUUCUCACGAGACUUUUCGAGGGCUCUGGAGAGGGUCUAGGCGGAGGCCGCUCUAGGGAGGGCACCAUGGAGCUCCGAGCUACCCCUCGACUGAAUGUGGUGGUGCAGGGCCACAGCAAUGGCAACUCCAGGGGCAAGCUGGAGAGGGACAGUCAGGAAUGGGACCUUUGA